GUGUGCUAUACUCUUGGGCCCCCACCUCUGCUGCUUUUACUGGGACCCGGUGUCUGUCUGCAGCAACCACAAACACCUGCCAGCUGAAAGAAGGGGCAAGGAUAAACUGACCGAGACUACAGCCCCAAUGAGCUGGUGUUUCUAAUUUAAACAGCGGGGUGGGGAAACAGCGCCGGAAGUAAAGUAAAAGAGUCGCUUACUAUCAGCUAGCGUUAAAUGUGGUGGUAUCACGCAACAGCUAGCACAUAAAGUUAGCUAGCUGCUAGUGAUGGCUCUAGUUCUGAAAAUAUUCUGUUUGCCGUUGCGUUGUAGCUAGUUCAGUGUAGAUAAAUAUAAAAUUCAAUUAUUUCACGUUAGGUCAGUAACCAUAAUACUAGUCAUCGUGCUUACGUAUCCUCAUCCAACGUAAAAUAAUUAAUCUAGCAACCGUUAUUUUAACGUUAGCCAACUAGCUAACGGCAGCAUUAUUAGUAUCCUAUCCUUUUUUUUUUUUUUUAAUAAUUUGGAGCUUCCCUCAUUGUGUUGUGAAUCAGAAAAGGGUAGUUUUAGCAGAGUCUGAGACCAAGCCCGUGUAAAGUGUUGAGCCUAAAUCUCAAGAUAUGUCAUAUCUAACUAACAGUCCGACCUGACAACUGACAGGAAACGCAAAGUUCACUCUGUCCAGGAAGCAUCCUCACGAUAACACCGUCUUUCUAUUUAACCUCUAAGCCCAGUGCAUAUGAUAUUAAACUUGAUGCUGGUCACUAAUAUCAUUACUUUAGCUGCAGUCAGAAACUUCUACUUGGAGAAGGUAGUCUUAGUAAAUUAUCAUUUGUAGCGUGUAGAGAAAGGUGUCACUUAACCCCAGCCCAUAGUUUAUCCACAAUUUAACAUGCCUCCUAAAAAGAGACCAGUUCCCUUAAACAUUACUCCCACUGGCGAUGGAUUAUCCACCUCCAUCAACACAGAUGUUUCAUCUGAGGCUAAUUUAGAGGCACUUAAGAAAAUAUUGGAAGAGUUGGACCUGGAUGAACAACAGAAGAAAAGAUUAGAAGCUUUCCUUACCCAGAAGGCCAAGGUUGGCGAGUUGAAAGAUGAUGACUUCCAUCGAAUCUGUGAGCUGGGUGCAGGCAAUGGAGGUGUAGUCAACAAGGAGUGCCACAAACCAUCAGGAAUAAUCAUGGCCAGAAAGCUCAUUCAUCUAGAAAUUAAACCUGCUAUCAGAAACCAGAUCAUCCGAGAGCUUCAGGUGUUGCAUGAGUGUAACUCUCCCUACAUUGUAGGCUUCUAUGGAGCCUUUUACAGCGAUGGAGAGAUCAGCAUCUGUAUGGAACACAUGGAUGGUGGAUCUUUGGACCAGGUGCUAAAAGAAGCAAGAAGGAUUCCUGAAGAGAUUCUGGGCAAAGUCAGCAUUGCUGUUUUGAGAGGCCUUGCCUACCUAAGAGAAAAACACCAAAUCAUGCAUAGAGAUGUUAAGCCUUCAAACAUACUGGUGAAUUCACGUGGUGAGAUCAAGUUGUGUGACUUUGGUGUGAGCGGGCAGCUCAUAGACUCUAUGGCCAAUUCCUUUGUUGGGACAAGAUCUUAUAUGUCGCCUGAGAGACUGCAGGGAACCCACUAUUCUGUGCAGUCAGAUGUAUGGAGUAUGGGCUUGUCCCUUGUGGAGCUGUCAAUUGGACGAUUCCCCAUCCCUCCUCCAGAUGCUAAAGAACUGGAGGCCAUAUUUGGAAGACCCAUAUUGGAUGGUAGUGAGGGGGAGACACACAGCACUUCACCCAGACCUAGGCCACCGGGUAGACCCGUCAGCGGUCAUGGUGCGGUAAUGGCUAUCUUUGAACUCCUAGACUACAUAGUAAAUGAGCCUCCCCCAAAACUACCACAUGGUAUAUUCACUUCUGAUUUCCAGGACUUUGUGACAAAGUGUCUCAUCAAAAAUCCAGCAGACAGGGCAGACUUGAAAAUGUUGAUGAAUCACACGUUUAUCAAGCGGUCUGAGGCGGAGGAGAUAGAUUUUGCUGGCUGGCUUUGCAAAACCAUGGGGCUGAACCAACCAAGCACUCCCACACGUACUGCAGACUGAACACACAAUCUGAUGACACUCGCGCACACAGUAUAUAAAAACAUAGAGAAGCUGCUGCCUAAGACCGUACACCAACACAUAAACAUCUUGUUUGCCACAUCCUCCCUCAGGUGAACCCCUAAAGGCUCCACUUAUCAAAUCAACUGCUGACAUUCAAGCCAGUUGAUGGGAAGGAUACUCUAUUUAGAACUUGUACCUUUUUUGGAGUCAGUCCUCUGGGAUUCUGUUAUCCAUGAAAAUUUCCUCUUAAAUCAAUUACAACAUAAUUCCUCUGAAUGUUUGUUGGCAACAUGGAGAACAUCAGUUAUUAGUAAUUUGUGUUAAGUUCAGUUCAGGACUGUGGGCCAUUAAAUCUCCUUGGAGACUAACAUACCAGUAGGCUUUUGUCCAUCCUUACCUCAAUGCCCUGCAGUCAUACAGACUGUAUAUACUGUAUCCAAACUGGAAGAUUUAUCUCUUAAAAGAAUUUAAAAACAAAUAUAAUAGCUGUGCUUAGUUUUCUAACAUGUCUCUCUUUUAGUUCAGCUUUUUGAUUUUCUUGUCUGAAUUUCUCCAAAGUGUUCUGAGGCUUACAGCACGAGUGUGUCAAUCCCAGUUAUUACAAUCAAGGUUAAGCAUCUGUACAUGUGUACAGGCAGAUACAUGUAUGAAUUUGUUUUUAUAUGUGAUAUGCAAACACAUUGAGAAAUGUUUAUUUUACUGAACAGGUCAGGUUAUGUUCAUCUGUGUUAGCAAGAGAUGACUGAGUUUAGGAAUUGUUUUGCAUUUGUUGCGAUAACUGAUUUCUACAUUUUGAGAUGUCUUGAGGUGAAGCACAGUGUUUAAAACAUUUUAGCAUGACACUCAUGUCAUAGCCAAAAAAAAAGGUUUCAACCUUAAAUGCACCCUCUGCUCUCUCUGUAUCUUGGGGUUGUUUCUUAGUAACUUUAAACAGCAUCCUCAGUUUGUUCCAGUAUCAUUAGCUUCAGAUUAGCUAUGCUGGGGCAGAAGCUGCCUUUGAAAAAGAAACUAGAGAUUCAGCUCUGGACGGUACCAUCUGUAACAAAACUCUUUAGCAAGCUGCAUCGUGACUCGCUGAGCAGUCUCAGCUGAAACAAAUGGUAAUAUCUUUGUAUUCGCUAUAAUGUAAACAACAGGACAUGGAUUUGCCAUUGAAGUGCAUCCUGUGUAGUUGCAGGAUUAGGGCAUUUCACUCCUUUGUUUUGUUCUUUUUGUGUAUUUUCUCCUUUCGGUAACGCUUUAAAAGAUAUAGAUGUUUUUUAUGGUAAAAUCAUCAAAGGCUUUGUCUUUAUAAAGUCAUAAUUGUCAAUAAAUGGUAUGUAUUGAA